GCAGCGAAGGCAGCGGCAGCGGCAGCAUGAGUGAGAAUAAGUCCACUAGCGGCAGCAAAAGCGUCGGCGACGGCAAAGACAGCGGCAACAGCGGCAGCGGCGGCAUGAGUGAGAGUAAGUCCGUUAGCGGCAGCAGAAGCGUCGGCGACGGCAAAGACAGCGGCAAGAGCGGCAGCAGCACCCCGAGUAAGAGUACGUCCACUAGCGGCAGCAGAAGCGUCGGCGACGGCAAAGACAGCGGCAGCGGCAGCAUGAGUGAGAGUAAGUCCGGUAGCAGCAGCAAAGACAGCAGCAGCGGCAGCAUGAGUGAGAUUAAGUCCGGUAGCAGCAGUGGUGACAGCGGCGAGAGCGAAAGCAGCAGCGAAAGCAGCAGCGAAAGCAGCAGCGAAAGCAGCAGCAGCACCAGCAACACGGAUGCUGAGUCAGAGAGCUGGAGCAGCAGCUAUACGUCACUCACCGAUUAAAUCUUCAAGUAGAUAUGAAACCGAGACGUGUGAAACUUGGAAAAUGAACCUGGCUAAAAAUUAAUUAUUACCAAAAUUAAUUAUGAAACUUGUAUGCGUAUGGCAAGAUUGAAACUGAACUAAAAGGCAAUCUGGCAUAUCGAAGCAUUAUCGCGAAACUUUAUUACAUUACACAGGUAGGUAAUGACCCUUUUGGAUUGGGUAUACUUUCACAGCCUGAAUCGCUUUUAGACUCAUACUCUACAUGAGAAAAAUAUUAAUUAUUGAAUGAAUAGAAUCGAACUGACAGCAAAUCGUUUCAAAAUUCGACACAAAAAAAUUCUACAAUCGUGGUUGAAAUUUUGUGAAAGUAGGUUCUUAUAUCUGAAAAAGUUUACUCUCACUCUGAAAGAAAUUCUUAUCGAGAUUCCGUCUCUGGAACCAUAUCACAUAAUUUAUCACCGACCGUUUUAUUAACGGUGACGGAUCAGAUCGAACUCAAACUUAAGAUCGAAAUUACUACUCAGAUUAGGUACGAAUGUGUACUAUUAUACUAAAACACUACCCAACUAAUCCAAAACUAUCACAGUAAGCAUAUAAAAAUCACUUACAGCAACAAAACGGUAAUCAAAGUUUAGGAUAAGCUAGCAGCCUUUUUCGACCAUUAUAUUUUGAUUAUCCGUAUUAUUAGAAUAGCAAUUCGUGCGUGAAACCCGUCAGAGAACAACCAGCAAGAAGUCCAUGUUGCAAUAUACGAGUAUUUUCAAUACAAUCGUGCUUAAAAUUUGUCGGGACACGAUAAAAAAACUGUUCUAUUAAAUCCAGUAGUAAUUAUAGCUGAAAAAAUGCAAUUAAUACAACAAACAACUAAGAAAAAAUUAUAAUUAUAUUAUAGAGUUUUUAUUUUAAUAUACGGCGGAUAUUUUAAACUUCGUGCACAUCUUUGUUGCUGCAUGAAAUCAUUUUAGUAUCUAUCGUAGAAGCAUUUUAGAUUGUAUUGUGAAUCGAAUAUUUAUUCAAAUAUUAUUAUUUAUUUUUUCAAUUAUGUUCGCUUAUCUUGUAUAAUAAAUAAUAUUGAUGGAAUA